CAGCUUGCUAGAGUGACGUAUGGUACGUGCUACGGUACGCCACUUGUGACCAAGGGGGAAAAGCGCGGACAUUGAGAAUACUGGGGAAAUUGUAGGAACAGGAUCAUAACUUCAUUGAUUGCUGGACCUGAGUCCAAUUUCCUCUUCUCAUGUAAAGGCAUCAGGAGGUGUCUAACAUGGACAGAGAAUUAAGGUCAGGGAAGGAAAUUAAUGAGGACAAGGUGCCUCAUCAUGGUGACACAGGAAGUGUCUCCACAGAGGAAAUGGAGAGUGGAGGAAUUCCUUCCCUAGCAAAGAGGCCCAGACUUGAUGAUGUCACAGCUGACAGCACAGGAGAGAUUGAGGAGGACACCGGCAGUGAGGUGGCUGAUGGGAAGGAGUCAGACCAGCCCCCUCGAGCUGAGGUGAACAUUACCCCGGAGACAUGUUACGGCUGUGCCUGUCCCAUCUGUGGCUUUGUGGCCAAAACUCCAACUUCCUUGAAGAUUCACUCCAAGAGGAAGCACACCGGUAGAGGAAAGACCAGGGGUGUGAGCUCAGCUGAGGUACUUGUUGAAAUAGAUGGCGCCACAACCGGAGCAACAGCACGGAGUUCAAAUUACAAGACAGGUGGAGACACUGAGGGGAAAGUGAGCAGCAGUGAGAGACAGCAGGAUGCCACAGAGAGUCAAGGCACAGAGGCAGGAGGUUCUGAGGGGGAGGUGACUACAAUAAUAGCCAAAGAGGAAAUUGCUGAGAAACAAGGGACAGGGAGAGAUACUUUUGACAGGAAGGUGACUCCAAUAGCUACGGAGGAGAUUGCAGAGGAGGAGCAAGAAAAGAACCCCGGUAAGAAGAUGGUAGGUAAACGGGGCCCCAAGCCAAAGACUAUACAUGCUUGCAGCUACUGUGGUCACGAGUUUAAGGACAAGCCGAGCCUAGAUACACACAUCAAGAGACGCCACACCAAGGAGAUGAAUCACUUCUGUGAAUUCUGCUUGUACGCCUGUGUGGCAAAGUGCGACUACGAAAAGCACUGUCUUAGUAACAAGCACAACAAACGAGUCGCGGAAAGCAGGGAAUCCUCUGGCCUCUCGUCACCCAUGGACAAGAAGACAGCCGAACAGGCUCAAAUCUUUGCCUCCACGACGACUCAGACCCGGGCGUCCAAGCGUGCGCUCGGUGCCAGGUUCCAGCUGCAGUGCGGGAGUUGCGAAUUCAGGGUCAGCAACUCUGCUUUGCUGGAGAGCCACGCUCGGCUAAAGCACCAUGGCGAGCAUCGCUUCCUCUGUAACGUCUGCCACUACUACACCGCUACAUCCGAGUGGAUGGACACACAUGUGUCCUCGGAGAGCCACCAGCGUGUGGCUGAGGAGAAAAACGCAGGGUCCUCCUUUGAGGACUGCGUUGAGAAGGUGAGCAUAGAUGCGGUCGGUGACGACAUGCUAACAGAUGACGUGGCAGUAGGGGUCAUCGGACAUGAUGGAGAGCUGCACCCUGAUGUUAAUGAGGAAGCUGUUGAGGCUGCGAAAGCUGUGUUGGAGAACAUGGAAGAGCACAUGGAUGAGAGAAUCCCUCCCAAGAGGAGGAGAGGCAGACCAAAGGGGCCCGCUGCAACUACAUGUGAAUACUGUGGACUUCUCGCCUCCAAUAGUACCAAUCUAAACGUGCAUAUUCGUCGUAAGCACAGCCGGCAGUACAGCUACACGUGCAGGCUUUGUUCUUACAACUGUGUGACGAAAGGCGACAUGGACCGCCACUGUGUCACAAAGAAGCACCUUAAACGCAUGGAUGAUGCUAGCAGCGAUGGCCAAGUGGACCUGGAUACAUCAGUGCAGCUUGUGAGUACAGAGUCAGCCUCUCAGGCCAGCGAGGGUGAGGCUUUACAUCAGAAUAGUCCAGUCAGUGGAGGGUCCAAAGGAGAGGGGGGGGCCACAGACAAAGAAGGGGAGCUGUCGCAAGACGACGACAAAGCACAAGUGAGCAGCCCGAAAAAGAGCAAGUACGACUUGGUCAACUCCUGCAGCCACUGCAAGUUCGUAGCUCAUUCGAUUCCCUCCCUUGACCUCCACGUGAAGAGGAGACACACCCGGGACUUUGAGUUUGUGUGCCUGGCGUGCAGCUACUAUGCCGUCACGCGUCGAGAGAUGUCUCGCCACGCCUCCACGGACAAGCAUAAGCAGAAGAGUGAGGUCUACCUAGAGAACCUGGAGAGCUUUGUGGAGAAAGACCUGGCGCAGCCGGAGGAGGAGGCCACGGAGCUGGGUAACAGAGCUGACCCUGAUGCUGACAACAAUGCUCGCACUGAGGAUCCUUCCCCCUCAGUGCCCCCUGACACAGACAUGGAGCAGCCCACUAACACAGACACAACUACAGACCAGCCUAACAUUAUAGACACAGACCAACCCACAGACACAGAUACAGACCAACCCACAGACCAGCCCAACAACAUAGACACAGACCAGCCCAACAACACAGACACAGACCAGCCCCAUAUCAUCGAUGCAGAGCAACCCACAGACACAGAUGCAGACCAACCUACAGACACAGACCAGCCCAACGACACAGACAAGGACCAGCCCCCUUGCACUGAUACAGACCAACCCACUAACACAGAUACAGACCAAUCCAAAGACAUAGACCAGCCCAACAUCACUGACAUAGACCAGCCCAACAUCACAGACACAGACCAGACCCCUAUCACCGAUACAGAGCAACCCACAGACACAGCUACAGACCAGCCCACAGACACCGAGCAUGUUACCACUAACCCCACACAGACUUCUGAUGUUUUGAGCAACGAGCAUGCAGCCCCAAUAGUGGAAGGUAGUGGCACUGUUGUUGAGGAAAUCACGGAGAUCCAGGUGGCUGGUGAGGCGUCCGGUGGUGGCUCGGAACAAACCAGCAACGAAGCCCCAGGUACAAUUGAGCCUCAGGAAGCACCAGCAGAAAUCACCAUAACACCACCAGAGGAAGGCCAGAAGGAAGGGGCUGAGCCCGAGGCGGAGCCAGAGCCAGUCUGUUCCGACGACGACAUUGAGAUGGCAGAUGAGGAACCUGACAUCUCUUCCCCAGAGAAACAGCUCACCAGGGCGCUGCCGUUCGACGCUUGCAUCGUACCUCUCAAGUCCUUGACUGAAGCCGAGCUGGCUCUGCAUGAAGAACGGAUGGCUCACUCUGUUGAGGGCCACUCUGGCCCGGCUGUAAGUGGCCUGGCCGGGGCGGGCAGUUUUCAGAAGAUCAAAAGAACCAAACAUGUAGGGGUCUCAGGUCUGUCCAAGGGGUUAACUCCCAACCCCCGCAUACGCUGCGAGGACUGUGGCUUCAUGGCGGACGGCAUGAGCGGCCUCAAUGUGCACAUCUCCAUGAAGCACCCGUCCAAGGAGAAGCACUUCCACUGCAUGCUGUGCGGCAAGUCCUUCUACACGGAGAGCAACCUGCACCAGCACCUGACCAGCGCCGCUCACCUGCGCAACGAGCAGGCCAGCAUCGAGGAGCUUCCAGAGGGCGGUGCCACCUUCAAGUGCGUGAAGUGCACGGACCCGUUCGAGACGGAGCAGGAGCUGUUCGUGCACAUCAAGGAGAAGCACGAGGAGCUGUUGCGCGAGGUCAACAAGUACGUCCUGGAGGACACGGAGCAGAUCAACCGCGAACGCGAGGAGAACCAGGGCAGCGUGUGCAAGCACUGCGGCAAGGUGUGCAAGAGCAGCAACUCCAUGGCCUUCCUGGCGCACAUCCGCACACACACAGGAUCGAAGCCGUUCAAGUGCAAAAUCUGCAGCUUUGCCACCGCCCAGCUGGGUGACGCCAGGAACCACGUGAAGAGACAUCUGGGCAUGAGAGAGUACAAGUGCCACAUCUGUGGGUGGGCCUUUGUGAUGAAGAAGCACCUGAGCACUCACCUGUUAGGGAAACAUGGACUGGGCCAGCCCAAAGAGAGGAAGUUUGAGUGUGAUCUGUGCGACCGGUCGUUCAGUGAGAAGUGGGCUCUGAAUAACCACAUGAAGCUGCAUACGGGGGACAAGCCCCAUAAGUGUGCCUGGCCAUCCUGCCACUACGCCUUCCUCACCCUGUCUGCCAUGAAAGACCACUACAGGACACACACAGGAGAGAAGUCCUUCCUGUGCGAUCUCUGUGGUUUUGCGGGUGGCACGCGACACGCCCUCACCAAACAUCGCCGCCAACACACAGGAGAACGGCCCUUCAAGUGUAAGCUGUGCGGCUUCGCCUCCACCACCCAGUCCCACUUGACCCGCCACAAGCGCGUGCACACAGGGGAGAAGCCCUACCGAUGCCCCUGGUGCGACUACAGAUCCAACUGUGCGGAGAACAUCCGAAAGCACAUCCUGCACACGGGGAAGCACGAGGGAGUGAAGAUGUACAACUGCCCCAAGUGUGACUACGGCACCAACGGCCCCAUGGACUUCAGGAACCAUCUGAAGGAGCAUCACCCCGACAUCGAGAACCCUGACCUGGCCUACCUGCAUGCAGGUAUCGUGUCCAAGUCGUUCGAGUGUCGUCUGAAGGGCCAGGGAGCCACAUUCGUGGAGGUUGACACAGGGUUUGACGGGGCCUUCCCGGUGAGGAGGGUGGGCUCUAUGGAGGGGCUGGAGGGCCAGGAGGGUGUCCAGCAGGUGAUCAUCAUCCAGGGUUACGGCGGUGGGGAGAUGGCCUUCGACCAGGCCCUGGAAGAGUCAGCCGCUGCCACCCUGCGGGACCUGGCCAUGGCGGGCCAGGUGGCUGAGGUGCUCCACAUCACCGAGGACGGCCAGGUCAUCUCCUCGGGGAGGGAGGUGUCUGCAGGCGGGGCCCAUCACCUGGCCGGAGGCACCACCCAGUACGUCCUGCUGGAGUCCGGCGGGUCUGCAGCCGUAGGUGGAGGGGCGACGCACCACCACAUGGUGUCGGAGUCAUCCACGGCUCUGGAUGCCCUCCUCAGUGCCGUCAGCGAGAUGGGCCAGCAGGAAGAGGACAGCCAAGAGGUCAUGACCCAGGAAGUUGUGUCAGAGGUCGUGGAGGAAGAGGAGGAGAUGGAGGUGAAGAUGGAGGAGGAGGUGUGGGAGGAGCAGCAGGUGCAGGAUGAGCAGGUGGUCCAGGAUGUUCUGCAGUUUGCAGCCAGCCAUCUGAUGAAGGAGGGGCUGACACAGGUGAUCGUCAACGAUGAAGGGACCCACUACAUCGUGACGGAGCUGGAUGACAACACCCUCCAGGUGGAGGGGACCAUGUACACCCAGCACCAGGAAGGGGAGGACGACCAGCAGAGCGAGGGAGUUUCAGAGGGCCAGGCUGGGGAGAGGAUGGUCUACUACCUGGAUGGAGCUCCACACAAUGUGGUUCUGGAGAAGGUGGAGGUGGACUAGUCAGUGACUGUGGCGAGAAUCUCAAUUGGAUUUCCUUGAUUUCUCGAGUCCUUGGAUAAGGAGUAAUAGGGGAGUGACCUCUGUCUGAUCUUUUCAUCCAUUGGGUUGGAGAAGGAGGCGAGGGGAGAGGAUGCAAUAAAUCAAGGAAAUACAAUUGAGACUUUCCCUGUGUGAAGACCAAAUGUCCAGCUUAAAGCCCCUAAGAGUCUUCCUCUUUGUCUCUUUCAUUGAAAAUGUAAUGUUUAUUUUGUAUUUUUUACAUAGCUUUAUCUCCAUUUUGCAACGAUGAACUCAGGAUAACAUUCACAUCUAUGGAGUUAUAGUGAGGUUCAAAGGCUUUGGUGCUAACAUUAUUUAACAUUUGCAUAAUUUUAUGGCCAAUGCCAGAAUUACCACUUGUUUUUGGAGUCAUGACUGGAAGACUGGAAAUACAUAGGCUAUUUUCAAAAAUAAUACAUUUAAGAUUACAUAAUGGGAAAUGUUCCCGUUACCUAGAAAGACUUACAAUCUUUAAGUUACAUGGUUUGGUUUUAUUGAAAGUUGGAGAAUAAUAGCAGCUUUAUUUUUCAGUUUGAUAUGGUUUUACUAAAAGGAAAUUUGAACCCAAAAACAAUAUUUUGGUAUUUGUUUAAUUAGUCCAUUGUUGGUUUUGCAUGUCAGCAAUCCAUUUUCAACAUAUAUAAUUUUCUAAAUACAGAAAUACCAGCGGUAUGAUGCAAAAGGCAGCAUCAUUUUGCAUCAUACCAGCCCGUAUUUCUAUGUUUUGAAAGUUAUAUAUCUUGAAAACUUGUUUGCUGAUAUGCAAAACAUUUCUGUACUAUAUCAACAAUGGACUACUGAAACAAAUACCAAAAUAUUGUUUUUGGGUGGAGUUUUCCUUUAAGUAGUGAAUUAGUUUGCAAAUUGUAAGUUAAAUAAUUAUUUUUUGUUUGUUUAUUUAAAAAGGUACACUAAAAGGUCAGUUUUGAUAACAGACCUAUUAAUACCUUGCUGAAUCUAGGACCAAUAGCAUUUUUGACAUCGAAAAUAUCCAGGCUGCUGAUUGGUCUAAAUCCAGGGACAGUCCACUGAUUGGCUUUUUUUUCCAGCUAUUGCUCAAUAUGGUCAGGAUGCUGAUUGGUCUGAAUCCAGGGGCAGUCCACCUGUUUUUCAGGAUGUUCUGAAAAUGUCACAGCGCUGACAUUGUUUUGCAUCAUUAAUAAGUUCUCUCAUAGUGAGUGUCCUUUGACCGACAAAUAGACCAAAUGAAUUGGAUUGUCACAGAAACAUGCUUUGACAGAAUAGCGUGAAGAGAUGACACAACAUUUAGUGAGUUUCUGAUAAUCAUAAUUCAAUUAACGUUGAUAAGUAUUUUUCUCCAUUGGUUUCACUGCUCUCGGUUAUUGUAAAUAUAUGUUUCUGUAAAUGAAAUUGUAAUGAGACUUGCGUUUGACUAAUGACAAUAAAGCUCAGUCUUCAUUUUG